CCUUAACAGAGCUAACAGCUGUCAGCUGGCGAAGCCGUUUUUGACAUUUUUCUCCAGGCUGUCUUUUUUUAAUUCUCAUUGCCAAUUGAAACUAUAAUCGUGAAAGCAGGUAAGAAUUAACAUUACCGAUGUGCCAAUUACGGCCUCGCCCCCUCUGCCAGCGGCUGGGAAGCCUGCUGAUGGCGUUGCAAGUGUUCCUGAUGGCCGUUUUGCCGGCAAUAGCCGCCGCCACUCCCGCCACCGUGGGCGCUCCUCCACCCACCACGGCACCCACCACCGGCGGCAGCAGGCCCAACUUCUCGGGGCCACUGGGCCGGAGCGAUGAACGUUUCCAUGAGGAGCUAGUGGUGCGUCCGUUGUCCGGAGACCAUGUGAACACCUACUUUCAGUUCACCACGCGCUGGCAUUUCGGGAAAAAGGACAAUCUUUAUCACACUCAGUUGACGCCUCGGGUGAUUGCGGAGGUACUGCAGCAGUUUGAUGUCAAGGAGCUGCACAUCGGCCUCACCCAGGGCCUGUGGCGCUACGAGACCUGGGGCUAUCCCAUCGUGGAGGCAACCAGCGGCGCCGAGAUGUGGGCCUGGUUCAGUGGCGAUAAUCUAACCGCCACCGAGGUGGACCGCCAGUGGGGCCAGCUGGCGAAUGUCUUCUCCGGCGUUCUGUGCGCCUCCCUCAACUUUGUCGACAAAACGAACAGCAUCUCGCCGCGCCACUUGCUGCGUCCCCAGUUUAUGCCCGCCAAUCGGCCCAGAUCCGUACGGUAUGCUUCCCUGCCGCGGGAAAUCGUUUGCACCGAGAAUCUGACCCCCUGGAAGAAGCUUCUGCCCUGCGGCAGCGCCUCGGGCUUUGCCUCGCUGCUGAAUUCCGGCCACGUGCACAACACGAAGUACCAUUCGCUGGGCUUGAAGGUGCGGAUGCUGUGCGAGGAUCAUCUCGAGGAUAACUGCAUUGUGGAGCUGACCCAGACGGCGAAUCUGGUGUACGAUCUGCGGCUGUUCGAGCUGAGCAACAAUGACUUCUCGCUGCGGCGGCUCUUUGGCAUGGGACUGAACGGCUUCUGCGAGCUGGCCGAGAGCUCCAAGAUCUAUGUCCAGCGGAACGAGCAGGGACAGAAGUAUAGCCUGGUGCCGCAACCCACCCAGGAGGUGAAGUCCAUUCGAGGCGGCCAUCUGGUGGUCUAUGCCGUCUACGACAUGCUCGAGCAGUUCAAGGACCCGGGCGAGAGACUCUUCAACAUCGCCUGGCUAACGCCGAAGAACGAGAACCGACGACGGAACCUGAUGAAGCCCACCCUGCCGCCGGUAACGGUGCACCGAUACCUUCUCGGUAAUGGCCAGGAACGUGGCCGGAUAGCCACCGAGGUGACGAACAAUCAUUACGAGGCUCUGCCCAUUCUGGUGCAGGAACUAGUGCCCUGGUAUGUCCACGCCUAUCUCCACACCCUCAAAAUCCGGCGCAAGCCGCAGCGGGUGAACGAAUACACUCGCCGGUGGCUGCCCUUCAAGCUGCUCCACUACACGCCGGGCAAGCAGAGGGAGCUGCCCUCUCACCUCGAGAUUGGCUUCACCCUGCCCGGCCAGACGUCCGCUCUGAUAACCAUUGAUGUGGACUACCUGCUGCUGAAGUGGCUGGAGUAUCCGCCGGAUGCCAAUCACGGGCACUACAUUGGCGCCGCCAUGGUGUCCACCCAGCUGCCGAUGGGCAGGAACUACACCGCCCUGCCGCCGGAGGGGCAUCUCUUCGAGCACUCUUUUAACGCCACCAGGCCGAACUAUGUCCUCAGCCUGCAUACGGAGGCGUUGAUAGUGUCCCUGCCGACGCCGGACUUCAGUAUGCCGUACAAUGUGAUCUGUCUGGCCUGCACGGUGGUGGCCCUGGCCUUUGGUCCGAUCCACAGUGUGGCCACCAAGGUGAUAGUGGUGGGUCGUCAGGCCUCCGCGCCAAAGAACUUUGUGAGGAAGAUUCUUGGGAAAAUUUUCCGCCGGAAUACGGUCCAGGUGAGAGCUGCAGCAGCAGCAGCAGCAGGUGCCGCACAGGCAGAGGCCUUGCGUGGAGGCGGAGGAGGACGGGGAGGCGGCAGGACGGCAGCGGAUCAGCCCAUUCUGGAGGACCUCCGCGAGGAGGAGGAGCAGGAACAGGACUAGAGUCGUGAUAACCUCAAAACGAUAUAUUUGUGUAAAGCUUAAAAAUAAAUGCCCCACAAAUUAAAAUUAUGAAAAAAUAAAUUAAGAAAUGCAGGUAAAGAGUGUAGCUAUUAAUUUAAUAAAUAAAAAAUUAAAAAAGAUAUAUUUUUAAAGUCAUAUCACGAAAAAACAAAAUUAAUCGGCAGGUUUAUUAUUUUUAAUCUUAAAAAUUAAAAGCAAGAAAUGUAAAAAACUAUUCCAAAAAGUGUAAAAUUCGAAAAAAUAUUUAAACUCUUAAUUUAAGGAAAAUAAAUUAAAGGGAUGUGAUCCAAAAACGAAAAAUAAAAUUCUAAAUAAAUUAAAAUUGUAAAUUAUAUUCCAAAACUUGUAAAGAAAACCAAAAAUAAAAAAAAUAUGUAAAUGUUUUGCAUAAUUUUAAAUAGUAACUAAAAAAAAGAUUAAAUUUUGCAUUAAAUUAUUAGUUUUUUAUGUAAAAAAUAUACAAGUAUUUCUUUGGUUUUAAAAAAACAAACUAUAACCUUAAAAAAAUCUAAAAUAAAUAAAGUUAAGGUUUAAAAAUUUUGAGAAAUAUUAAUUUUUAUAUAAAAUUUUUUAUUUUUGUAUUAUUAAAACUAUUUCCAAUUAAUUUAAGCCUCCCAAAACUAAAAUAAAAAUAUAAAACUUGAAUUAAAAAAACCAAUUUUACUUUGAAAACUUUUUUUGCGCUUUUUUUUAUUGACUUUUUUUUUAAAAUUAGCAUUUAAAAAAUAGAAAUUUGUAAAUGCUAUUUCAUGUACAUACAUCUAAAUGAUUUCUCGAUGUGUGUGUGUUUGUGAUUCCUGUUUCCUGUUUCCUGGGAAAGGAUAUAUCCUCCGCCGAUCCCCAUAGAUUAUAUCAGAUCGGAUUAGAGCAGAGCAGCUAUACAUGCAUGGUAGCCUUACCGGCCUGCUUCAGAGCGAGACAGCUAGCUAUUGUGUUUCUCGCAAUAUUUUUUAUCCAUAAAAACUAAUGGAACAUUCGGAUAAAUAUUUAAAUAUUUUUUUUUUUUAACUUUACAUUUCUAGGGCUAUCCGAAAAUGCGAAAUUGUCUUUCUCUUAUUUUUAAUAAUUGUAAUAUUUUAACUAACUUUAAAUAAUUUCUUUAUCGAAUAAAUAAUUUAGAUUUCGAUUUUGGAACAUGAAUGUGCAAGCAAAAUAACAGUAUUUUCAUAUCAAAAAAGUUCCAUUUUUUUUUUCGUAGUAUUAGUCUUAAUUUUUUACGAAUUUUUUUUUUUAACCCCAAUAUCUCGAAUCUCUUCAUUAUUUUUGUAAUUUAAAGUUUAUUGUUAUUUUCUGCUUGCUAUUUAUAAUUUAUAGUUUUACUUUAAAUAGUAAAUUUAAAUAUAAUAAUCUUAGUUCUAGUUGAUUUUACAAUUAAUUUGAAUUUCCCAAGCACACAUGCAUUUAAAAAAAAAAUUAUUAUUUGGAAGAAAACAGGACAAGGGACUCUACUAAUAAUUGCUAUUAAUUAUUAAAAAAAAAAAAAACAUUAAAAACCGGGCAACUACAAAAAAAAAAAAUGAAUAAAAAAUAUAUUAAAUUAUUAAAGUUAUUAUAUUAAAACAUGUACUAUUCAUCAUUAUCGUCCUAUUUCUUAAUAGCUAUUUAAGAAUAUUUUAUAAACGUUUUUAAAGAUUUUUAAUAUUUUUUUUUUUCAGGAUUUCUGUUCUUUUUUUUUUUUUUUUAUAACUUACUUAGGAGAAAGAGAGUUACGAGUUAUCUGUAGAAUUUAAAUAGUAGUAGGAUGGGUCGAUAUUGGCAUGUCAUUGAAAUCAUAGUAGUAUUUACAAUUUUAAGUAAUUUUAAUUUUAAAGAAGCGAGCUUAAAAUUUCCUUAAAAUUGUCUUUACCUUCUUAAAUAUCGUAUUGAAUUUUACAUUCGAAUCAAGUUCUUAUUAGUUUAUAGAUUCGCUUUCAGCUUCUUCCAUUUAAAAUACAACGCAUCGAACCCCGAAACAUAAUCUUUAUAUAUCUUUUGGAUCGUGGAUCGACCAAAUCUCCAUAGAUCUAUAUAAUAAUAUAUAUACUUGUAUGCCUAGGACACGUUUCUUCUCUCCUCCCGACUUCUUGUUCUCUUUGCUCUUCUUUUUUUUUAGACUUAUUCUUUUAAAAAAUAUAUAUUUUUAUGUUUUUAGCUGCUUCCUACAUUAAUUUUAGUUUUAAAUUAAACAAGAGUCUAUAAUUUUUCUUUUUAGAAACAAAUGAAUUUCAAGAAACCCUCCAAACGCCGGGGCCGGGGAGAGUUUGAAGAAAUUCAUUUUUUCGAUCAAAAA